AUGGCCGAAGAUAACUUCCCUUCGUCUCCUCCCGUUCCUUCCAACCUCAACAUGUCGUCCAAGGCGUCCUCUGGUAGGGAUACUCAGCUCGAAGCCCUACGUGUCCGUCAAGCUGCUCUUGAGUCGACUGUUGCCGAACUGCUUUCCCAGCGUGCUUCUCUAAUCAACUCCACCUCUCCCACCCUUGAUACCCAAGAGUCCGAAGAUGCAGAAACCCGUGCAAAGCUUGCCAUGGAUGCUGCCAAUGCAAAGAUCAAGUCUCAAAUAAAACAGCUACAGCAAUACAAUGACAUCAAAGACUUUGGCACUCAGCUGAUGGGACUUAUCGCUGAGAAGCGUGGCUGCCGUAUUGGUGAAGUCCAGGAGGAGUUUGGUAUCAAUCCUGAUGAUUGA